AUGAAUAGUGUAUCAGUAUAUCAGCGACUAAAACCCGAUGCAAAUCAUACCUACAAACUAAUUCAACUUCCACCAUCGCUCCAAAAUAAACUAGAACAGGAUACAAAUCAUUCCUCACUAAAAUUGGAACUAAAGUCAAACAAGGGUCAUGAUAACGUUGUUAUAUGUACUGAGAACGAGACUUUUAAACUUCGGCAGAAUAAUCACUCAAAUACAAUCUUGCUCAUGCGUUCAAUGCAUAAUGAAGAUACCAAUAACAAAAUCGUUAAAAACGCCAAAGCCACCAAUGUCACUAGUGUCCAACCUCCUCAACAAAAUUGGCUUGUUGGAUUUGCCAAAUGCCCAUAUAUUUACGAACUAGCUCCUGUAAAAGGAAACAUUAACAUACUUGAAAUUCCCAUACUUCAUCCUAGCAUGUUAAAUGAUCUCAAAAAGUUGUCAAAAUCAACUAAUUUUGCACAAAGCCCCAAUAAGCAACAAUUACUAAAAUCCAGCUGCUGUUCAAAGACAGAGUUCCAACAUCUACUUAUUGAACACCUCAUUUGUGAAAUUCAUGGCCAUUGUUUCCGAGUUUCAAGAAGUUUGGAAGUAGAAAUCUUGUUCCAUAUCAUCACCUUUUUGAUUAGCCGAAAUCAGCUCUCCGAAUUCAAUUUACAAGACUUGAAAGAAGUGGUCAAACUGAAUCUGAACUGGUCUAGUUCAAUGGUUUAUACUGUUAUAAAGAAAUAUUCGUAUAGUGCUGAAUCCACAAACGCCGAAGCAAAUGAUUUUGAAAUUGUUGACACAAAAAACGAAAUAAGUAACAAUGCUCCACGUACCCUUGAUGAUGCAAAAAUAGUCAAACUUUUCGGCAUUGUUGAACUUGGGAAAACCUCCACAACUAUACUGACUCAGGAGUUUCUCCUAAACUGGAAAACUUCGCUUCCUUCCUUUUACAAUGUCCCUCUAGAAAUCACGUAUUUACUAGGAUAUUAUGUUACCAUCCAACAGGGCCAUAUCCAAUAUAUAAACCCGGACAAUUUGAGUUCCGACUUGGGCACCCGAUUUAAAGAACUAUUAAAUAUAGUGAAAAUAUGGCCAUACGAGGAGUUUGUUAGUUUUAUUGAGCCGUUGGUGCCGAAGGAGAGGAAAUUGGACUCGGUGAUUAUCAAAUAUGGAAGAAAGAAAAGGUUGGGUCGAGACAAGUUUGUUGUUUGCGGAAGGUGA